AUGACGAGAGCCUGCGGGUGCCACCGCUGCGAGCAGCCGAGCGACGAGGGCGGCUCGGGUCGGGAGAGCCGGCGGGGGCAGGAGGAGCAGGGGGCCAGGUACACGUGCGACCGGUGCGGCGCGGAGUGCGUGAACGGGCGAGGGCUGAGCAUCCAUUACAGCAAGCACCUGAGGGAGGAGGCGUGGAGCUACCGCUCGGCGCACUCGCUGCCGAGCCCCCUGCUGAACCUGCGGCCCGUGGGCGACUUGGAUCUCUGGAUCGGCCGGCACGGGUGCGAGGAGUGUGGGAAGAGCUGCUCCAACAAAGCGGGCCUGCAGUCGCAUCGCAAAACGCACGCCAGGAAGGCCGCGGAGAGCGGGGGUGGGGCGGACUGUGGGCGGACUGUGGGGCGGAGACGAGCCAGCGAGAACGCACGGAAGUGCCGGUCGCCGGCGAGAGUCCUGGGGAGGAUGAGGAACGCGAGCUCGAAGGCCGGGGCGACGGGCCCGACGGCGGACGCGCGGCGGACGCGCGUCGCUACGGAGGCGAGGGAGAACCCGCGGGGUGUCCGGCGGGACUGCGACGAGUCCGGCAAGGAGUCCGAGCCGAGCCGCGCACCGUCGAACGUGCGACGGUUUCGGUGCGAGGAGUGCGGCAGAGGGUUCAACGGGCGUCACGGGCUUCAAGUUCACCGUUACAAACACGCCAGGGACGCGCAAAGUCAGCUCGGUGAGGAGCCGGUGUCCGGCCGCGCGCAGACCCCCCCGAAGGCCGAGUUACGGGAGAACCACCGGGGGAGCCAGUGCAGGUGUGACGAGUGCGGCAAGGAGUUCGAUUCAAGCCGCGCGCUCAACGUGCACCGCUUCAAGCACACGAGGGACUCGGAGAGGCGGCUCGCUCCGGAACCGUCGGCGAGCCACCAAGGGGUGCCGCAGGCACGGGAGGGGAGCCAGUACGAAUGCGACGAGUGCGGGAAGGAUUUUGACACCAUUCACGGGCUGCACGUGCAUCUUAGCAAACACUCGAGAGAGGCGCAGAGCCAGCUUCCGCAGGACACGGCGGGCGCUGUCGCCAUGGGCAGCGGCCUCCCGAACGUGCAGGCGAACCCAGCGAAGGGCCAGUACGGGUGCGGAGAGUGCGGCCACGAAUUCGACACCGAAAAAGGCCGGCAGGUGCAUCGUCACAAACACUUCACGGGGGCGGAGGGUCGGCCCGUCGAGGAACCGACGGCGAAAUGCCUCAAAGGCACGCCGCAGCCCGAGCUGCAGAGCGGCCAUCGGGGGGGAGGAGGCCAGCACGCGUGCGAAGAGUGCGGCAAAGGGUUCGGCUCGAGCCACGCGAAGAACAUCCACCGCUUCAAGCACAAGCGGGAGGCGCAGAGCCAGAACGUGGAAAAACCACCGUCGAACCGCCUCGACACUUCGCCGCAGCCCGAACCUCGAGAGAGCGUCGGGAAGACGUUGCACACGUGCGAAGAGUGCGGCAAGGGGUUCGGCUCGAGCCACGCCAAGAACAUCCACCGCUUCAAGCACAAGAGGGAGGCGCAGAGCCAGAACGCUGAACAAGCGCAAUCAAGCCACCUCGACGCUUCGCGGCGCGAACCCCGAGGGAACGUCGAGAGGAUCCAGUACCGGUGCGAGGAGUGCGGCAGAGGGUUUGACGGGCGUCACGGGCUGCAAGUCCACCGUUACAAACACGCCAGGGAGGCGCAAGGUCAGCUCAGUGAGGAGCCGGUGUCCGGCUGCGCGCAGACCCCCCCAAAGGCCGAGUUACUUGAGAACCACCGUGGGAGUCAGUGCAGGUGUGACGUGUGCGGCAAGGAGUUCGAGUCGAGCCGCGCGCUCAACGUGCACCGCUUCAAGCACACGAGGGAUUCGGAGAGGCGGCUCGUUCAAGAACCCACGGUGGGUUGCCCAAAAAGCUCACCGCGUGAGUCGCAGCAAGAGCUUCCGGAGACGAGCCUGCAUCGCUGCGAAGAGUGCGGCAAGGGCUUUGCCACCAGUCACGCGAAGAACAUCCACCGCUUCAAGCACAAGCGGGAGGCGCAGAGCCAGCUAGCCGAGCAGCCGCCGGCAAAUCACCGGGACGUUCCACGGCUCCAACCGCGAGAAGGGGACUUGGAUGAGAAGACGCUGCACGAGUGCGAAGAGUGCGGCAAGGGAUUUGCCACCAGCCGCGCGAGGAAUAUCCACCGCUUCAUGCACACGAGGGAUUCGCAGAAGCAGCUCGUACAGGAACCAACGGCGGAUUACCGAAACGUACCACAGCCCGAAUCGCAAGAGCGUCCGGAGACGGGCCAGUUCAGGUGUGAGGAGUGCGGCAAGGGGUUUGCCACCAGUCACGCGAAGAACGUCCACCGCUUCAAGCACAGGCGGGAGGCGGAGAGCCAGCUCGCUGAACGGUUGUCGUCUAAUCACUCGGAAAUCUCGCAGCCUAAAGCACUGGAGAAUCUGCAGGAGGAGAGCCGGCACAGAUGCGACGAGUGUGGAAAGGAAUUUGAUGGCGUUCGGGACCUGCAGGCGGAGUAUCAACCUCCCCAGAAUCCAGCAUUUGUUACCAUCGACGGCGCUCCGUCUAAAGCGGCAAAGAGCUCGCUGCAUGGGCAGCAGGAGGGCCUGCACCGGUGCGAAGAGUGCGGCAAGGGGUUUGCGACCAGUCACGCCAAGAACAUCCACCGCUUCAAGCACAAGCGAGAGGCUCAGAGCCAACUAGCCGAGCAGCCGCCGGCAAAUCACCGGGACGUUCCUCGGCUCCAACCGCGAGAAGGGGACUUGGAUGAGAAGACGCUGCACGAGUGCGAAGAGUGCGGCAAGGGAUUUGCCACCAGCCGCGCGAUGAAUAUCCACCGCUUCAUGCACACGAGGGAUUCGCAGAAGCAGCUCGUACAGGAACCAACGUCGAACUUCCAAAACGUACCACAGCACGAAUCGCAAGAGCGUCCUGGAGAUGGGCCAGUACAGGUGUGA